ACCGUUCUUCCAGAUGUCAGGCCUAGAAGGUUCCACACUGUACCACUCUUGUACGCCUUCCCUUCCCUCGAUUAUUUCUUCUUCUCCGCCGGCGCCAGCGCCGCCCGGUUCGAUCCGAGCUGCUUCCAUCCCCUCCUUCUUCUUCCUCGGGCGCGACUUGGACGGAUGCUCGAUUCGGCGAAGAACAGCAGCAGGUAGAGGAUGAAUUUUGAAGUGAAUAUGGCAGAAGUCUAGAUCAUAUGGUUAGUGUGCAGAUGCUGAUGCAAUACCUUGGAUGUCUUUCAAGAUGACAGAAUGAAAGAUAAGAGCAAACCCCUUUGUGCUGGUCUGCGCGCCAGGACAAUUUCUGGGACUGAUGAUAAUUGUCACUUUGUGGAGAAUAAGUCCACUUCAAUUCUUGAAAUUGAACCUACUGAAUGUGGCAAAGGGCAUGCUGAUGCAUGUGACAAGGAUUUCAAGCAGACAGAGUGGAUAAAUGAUUUUGUUGAUUCAACAAAUUUGAAUAAAGUGAGAGAUUCUACAAUAGAAUUUCGAAACGCUGAUGCUAUGCCUCAUAAUGAAGAUUUAUUUAUGGUGAAUGGAUCACAUAGUUACUCAACCAUAAACUCAGUGCAGCUAGACAAUAAACCUGAGAUUUGUGCUGAUAAGCAUGAUGAUGCAGGGAGUGAUAGCUUUUUGGACUGUGAUUGGGACAGUAUUGAACAUUUUGAUCUAGAGGCAAUUUUCAGAUCAAAUGACACCAUCAAUGACAUUUUUGGAAAUGAUAUGGUUGAAACCAGUGAUGGAUUUCUCUCACCAACGGAGGCUCUAGUUGGUAGCUUGACUGAUUUUGUCCCAUUGCCGGUGGAUGUGCAUGAAUAUUUUUUCAAACCAUGGGAAAGUGAAGAAGAAAAUGAUGAGAAAAUUAUAUCCCAAGAAUUGAAAGGUUCUUGGUUCUACGACAUUGAUAAUAAAAAAAGUCCAAGCAAUCUCUUCCAUAGUUUUGUUUAUGACACACAAUUACCGUAUCAGACUCCAGAUAGCAAUCUGAGUCUGCAAAGGAAAGCUAGUGACGAGGAGUCUGUUGUUUGUGUUGGUUCCUCCAUGGAUGUUGUAUCCAAUGACUUUGGAAGCCCAUCAUAUCUCAUACCUGCCAUUGAAGAUGGAUUUGGUUGUGGUGCUGAUAAUAGUCAAAAAGGACAAUUUUCAUAUAGUCAUUGUUGUCUUGAUGGAGGGAAUCAAAAUAUAUCCUUUCCUGGUCGUCAAAUAUGUACUCAUGCUGCAGUAACUGUCAAACCUGAAGAGAGAAAUGUGAAACAGAGACCAGGACAACAAAUAGAGUCCAAGUUAGAAGCUCAGCAGAAGGUGUUGCGACACCGCAAUCUGAAAUCUGAUUCUUAUAGCUUAACCUCUCAAUCAUCCCUGAGUAACUCCAGGAGUCAGACAACUGAAUCCCUUCUUGGAUCUAAACAAACAUUUAGUGACCUUACAGUCUUGGAGAAGAACAUGCCCCCGGAUUCACCAAGGACCUUCAAUACUAUUGAUGACAAUUUCAUGGCAGAUAGAAUCUCUCAGUUUCAGGCUGCAAUAUCAAAGCUGGAUAAUAACUUGAAGUUAGGUAUAAGAGAUAGCAUGUUCCGAUUAGCUAAAAGUGCAAUGGAAAGACAUAGCAUCACUAACAGAAGCAAUACCAGCAGUAAUGUGGAAAUCAAAGCCACAGUAGUUGGAGAAUCAGAAUAUAAACACAGAGCUAGAAGUUGGGUAUCAGAAACUGAUACGAAUCCUGUAGACAGGACUGUGGCUCAGUUGCUCUUACACACGCCUUCCAAGUUUUCUUCUUCCACUCGCAUCAAAGAACUUGUUAGAAUUUUGGGACUAUAAUUAUAAUUAUAAAUGUCUAAUGUCAUCAAUUAAAUAAGUCAUAAUUUAAUGUGAUCAAAUUUAUGAUUAAGGAAUAUGACUUAAGGGUUUAAUUGUUAUGAAUAAAUUAAUGUGGAUACCAUGUGUAAUUUUUAAUUUGUUGAGAGGUCAAAUUAGAAAUAGGCAAACUUAUGUUUCUAUAAAUAAGGAUUAUGGUCUCAGUUUACAGAUGAUGGUUUUGUUUUGUUUCUUCAUCGACAAAACUCUCUGGAUACUAAGGAAGAUCUGCAAAUUGAAGAUCUUGGCCAAAAUUGAUUGCAUAUUAUGGAUUCUGGUACGCUUCUGUAAUUUUAUCUAUUCUGUUUAUAAUUUCUUAAGAAUUGAAUAGAAUGCAUAAGUUUUGUGUUGA